AGACUGCUGCAGUUCAUUUGUGAGGUGUCAGCGCAUAAUUGCGCCUCUCGCUAUUCUUUCCCUGCUAUAGGACCAGGGCUGCGCAAUAAUAGCCCAGCUAACCCUCCCCUGUAUAAACCAGUUACAACUCAACUCUGCGCCCAGUUCUUUAUUUGUGCGCUGCCACUUUUUGUGGCUACAUUGUCCACUUGGCUGGGGCUUGUGUCCCGCUCUCAGUGCCGGGCAUGCGCUCUGCUCACUCGCUGUACAAAAGGCGAGCGCCCCUCUGCUGCCGCUGCUGAUGGAAUAGACCAGUGAGAGCGGGAGUCAUGGAGCGGUAGCGCUUAUUGUUCAGCCCGGGCUGGGGGGCCGCUCUUCCAGGAUAUCGCUGGGGGCCGCCUCUGAGGAACUAUGUUUUACUGGUGGGGCUCAUGGUCACCCCGCGGAGAGGGAUCGCUUGGAACCCACAGUCGGGAUUUUGAUUUGGAACGAGCGGAAACCAUGAGAUCGAGCUGGGGGACAGUUAUUAAUCUGGUCCUGUCGUUUCCUGCCCGGGGCAUCCUGUUUUAAUCAGAGGAAUUCCCAUGAGAUCAAAGGGAGACGACCCAUAUCGCAUCGACCAGCAGGUCAAGAGGAAAAAAAGGCUUGACAUAAUGGAUACAUCCUAUUCUUCUCAGACAUAUUAUUGUUAGGCUAACACGGCUGGCAGAAAAUGCAUUUGUAUCUCUUUUUUAUCAUUACAUCUGAUCCAGACCGAUCUCCCUUUGAUGGUGCCUUCACUCUCCACCAUGAAUGAUGAGCAGAGACUGCACAACAAUGCGAUAGGCUGGCUCAUCUGUUCGGGGAUUUCCCUUCUUGCCAACACAUGGGGGAUUUUAAGCAUAAGUGCCAAGCAAAAGAAAUGGAAGCCUUUGGAAUUUCUGAUCUGCACUUUAGCCGGAACACACAUUCUUAACAUAGCAAUACCCAUCACUAUGUAUUCUGUGGUUCAACUCAGAAGGCAACAUUCAGACUAUGAAUGGAAUGAAGGACUGUGCAAAGUAUUUGUGUCUACCUUUUAUACUUUAAGUCUUGUUACCUGCUUCUCUGUAACCUCUUUGUCAUAUCAUCGUAUGUGGAUGGUCCGCUGGCCAGUAAACUAUAGGUUAAGCAAUACAAAGAAGCAAGCUGUACACACAGUCAUGGGAAUAUGGAUGGUAUCGUUCAUUCUCUCCACCCUACCAGCAGUUGGAUGGCACGACACCACAGAGCGAUUCUACGCCCAGGACUGCCACUUCAUUGUUACAGAAAUUGGCCUCGGUUUUGGAGUAUGUUUCCUGCUACUGAUCAGCGGCAGUGUAAUCAUGGGAGUGGUGUGCAUUGGUAUUUCCCUUUUUCAGACAUUUUCCAUUCAAACGGGACAAAACAUUGAUAAGAACAAAUUCAAUGUGCCCACUAUUGUGGUUGAGGAUGCCCAGGGGAAACGGAGAUCAUCCAUUGAUGGAUCUGAGCCCAUUAAGACCUCACUUCAAAUAACUUACUUGAUAUCUGGAAUUGUAUUCAUAUAUGAUUUCCUAAUGGGCUUCCCUAUUCUGGUGGUGAGCUUUGCAAGUCUGAAGUUGGACAAGUCCUACGAGUGGAUGGUCCUGUGUGUGCUGUGGUGCUCUGUUGUCCAGGCCCUGCUCCUGCCAAUGUUCCUCUGGGCCUGUGAUCGCUACCGAGCUGAUGUGAAAGCCAUCUGGGACAAGUGUAUUGCCAUCAUGGCUAAUGACGAUGGGGAUGAAGAGCACAGCAUGGAUGGAGCCAUUCAUUCAGAUCUCAUCUAUGAAAGACCCUACGAUUAUAAUUAUGGAGGAGAUAUCAUGGCCAUGGAGCGCAUUUCUAAAUAUGAUCUGUCUGCAUUAGAGCGAGGAAUUCCACAGAUUUAUCCCAUGAAGGAAGAUGAUAAAAUGCACUAUCUUCAGGUUCCCGUGACCAGACGUUAUUCUCAUGAUGAAACGGAGAUCUGGACAACCAGUCAGAUCCAAGCCUUUCCUCAUGGGUGGGGCUCAGCAGAGGACGUGGCUACAAUUUCCUUCUUUACACUUCCUCGACGAGACCGAAGAAGCAGCCUUGUAUCAUAUCACGAGGAUCCAAGCAUGAUGUAUCGGAAGUGCCGGAAAUCUUCAGAAAGCCUCAUUUCCUUGAGACAGUUUACAUUGGAAGAACUUUACAAAGGGGAUUACAAGUGCUUCAGUCGGGAAGAGGUAGUGAGUUUUAUUAAUGAAACGCCUCUCCCGAGUCCUAGAAAAAAACGUAUCCGAUCUUCUUCCAUCUCCAUUAUUCCCGAUACCCUGCAGCAUCAAGCGAUGACUCACUUUGCAUUGACGAACUUUGAUCGGGAGCCUCAGGCCCUGCGACGUUUCUCAACCCAUGAGAAAAGUUGUACACUGAAUGUCCCCGGCCAUCGUAGGUCUCGCGAGGACCACAAACGAUUUUACACAGAGGGGCACCGAAGUCACCGGAACAGCCAAAAGCGGGUUCAAAAGAGAGAGUCUCAGAAACAGAGCAGAAAAACUGUAGCGAACAGCUGUGCCGAUUCUUCCAGUCAGGAGACGGGUUUGGGCAAAGAGUGGGAUGGUCGGGAACAUCUUACCAAAAUGGAAAGCAAAGGAAGCGCGAACAGUUUUUUAAGUUCCCCUUCUGCUUCCUCUGGGUAUAUAACGUUUCACUCUGACUCCAUUGGAUCUACAUCUUAAGGGACUUUAAAACUGUUCUUAGAUCCACUGUAUCUCUGUCUUUAAAAACUUGGCUCUGGAUUAAGCACCAAAGAAGAAAAUUGGCAAUGUAACUAGUUAAAGGAACAAUUCAACGUUGGUUGUUUCGUUGGACACAAAUACUUAGGAUGAGAAAUGCCCAGGACAUUCCCAAAUCCAACGGUGCACACGGUUGACUAGGUUUUUGCCUGGGUGCCAGCAUAAAGGAUAUAUAGAACAUAAAGCAGGAUGCGGCACUCGCAGGGACUUGAUGCAAAAACAAAAAAUCUUUAUUGGACUCAACGUUUUGAUCCGCCCACAGGGAUCUUCGUCAGUUUUACCCUUGAUGAAGGUCCAUGUGGGGGAUCGAAACGUUGAGUCCAAUAAAUAAAUAAAAUUUUUUGUUUUUGCAUCAAGUCCCUGUGAGUGCCGCAUCCUGCUUUAUGUUCUAUAUAUACACAGCAGGGGAUAUUCUGCUUUCUAUACCUAUUUGCUAGGAUAUUUUUAAAAUAUUCCUCACUUUUUUUGAUGCGCAGAGCAGCAAAAUCAGUUUCUUUAAACAUUUCGUCAGUAAAUAAAAUCGCAUGCAUGCACUGGUGGUGGUGGCCUAUUUGAUAUACACUCUACUGCAGGGAUUUUGUUUCUCAGCCGUUUCUCUCCCAACACCAUCUGAGAGGGACAGAGUGCAGGAGGUUGCUAGGUGUUUUGGUUCAGCAACAUGCAGUUGAAAACGUACGAUGCAAAUCCAGGGCCUCAGUCUGGUGGGACUUCCUUUCAAUGCAGGAAGUCUGGGGCCCCUAUCCAAAGGGGAAUAUUUUGUAUAAAUCAGGGAUGUCCAGCUUGUGGCCUUCCAGUUUUUGUUGCACAACAGAUCUUAGCAGCCCCUAAGAACACACCCUGCUAUUUCGGGAGAUUAGUCGCCCAGCGACAAACUGCUUCUUCGGGCGGCUAAUCUCCCCGAACUGCCUUCCCGCCGGCUACAAUCUAACUC